CCCACAGACCCGGAAGUGGGGCGGUACUGCUGUUUUGCUGUCGAGUCACCUCUGUCAGGAUGGAGGAAAACGAGCUGCUAUCAUGCUGAAAAACGAAGGACCCCGACAACCGAGCAUCACCAACCGGCAUACUUAGACACAAGUCACCGUUUAUCUUGUCUGCUGUAUCGUUUCCGUAAAGCUUCGCCAAAAUGAUGGAAGAAAUCGACCGGUUCCAAGUACCUCCAGUCAACGGGGAGACACAGCCUUUGGACCCAGCAGCAUCCUCUACCUCAGAGGCAGACCCUGACACCAAGGGAGAGACUGUGGCCAUGAACUAUAAGCCCUCACCACUGCAAGUCCAAAUAGAGAAACAGAGGGAUCUUGCCAGGAAGGGAUCAGUGAAGAAUGGCACCGUGGGAAGUCCUGUCAAUCAACAACCCAAAAAGAAUGCCAGGACAAGGUUGGUGGUGCCAAACAAAGGCUACUCCUCUUUAGACCAGAGCCCAGAUGAGAAGCCGCUGGUAGCACUGGAUACUGACAGUGAUGAUGACUUUGACAUGUCCAGAUACUCAUCAUCAGGAUACUCCUCAGCCGAGGUGAGAUGUCUGAGGGACCAGCAGAUCAACCAGGACCUGAACAUCCAGCUCCUGAAGGAUGGGUACCGGCUCGAUGAGAUCCCAGAUGACGAGGACCUGGAUCUGAUCCCUCCCAAAGCAGUCAACCCCACCUGCAUGUGCUGCCAGGCUGCUCCCUCCACAGCCUGUCAAAUCCAGUAGCACCAUCCUCCCACUCCCUCCCCAAAAAACCUCCUGUCUGCCACCUGCACUGAGGCCAACUACUGACCAGAGUGGCAGCAGGGAGGAAAAACUAUCCGGCUGGCAAUGGCACAAAGGGAAAACAAGGGUUUAUAAAUGCUAAAUUAAGAAAUGGAGAUAGUUCAAGUCUUGAGAAAAGAGUCCAUAUGUACAGUAUCUGUGCACGUUCCUCCUAUGGUAGGAUCUGUGCAUCUUACUUCUGCAUUGUUGGUUAGGCGAGGACUCGACUGAUGGCAGAAACAUUUACCUCUGAGGAAAACAUGUUACUUUUGCUUCUUCGUUCACCUCCAUCUUAUGCUUGUGGAUAUUUUGGUUUACAAGGACCUUGAGGGAUGGUGCGACGCUGUGGAAGAACGCAAAGAAAAUAGGUCAACUUGAACCUAAAAAUGGUGACUACCGUGAUAAUGCAUCAUUCAUGGAAUCUACUUCUUCAACUAGUGUCACUGACGGUCAGAUAUGACGGACAAGAAGAGACUGGAAGUUUUGUAGUGGCCAUUUCUUUUUUCUCUUUCUCAUUUCUCUCAGCCAGUCUGCUUCGUCUUCCUGUGUAUAUAUGUGUCAAACAUGAAAAUGACAUGUCUCUAAAUAUGUCCAAGAACGUAGUGCUAAACCAUCCAGCUGCUGAUGAAACACUAAUGCUUACACUCACAACACUAUGAGAGUCCAGUUUUCUUUUCUAAGUUUGUCUGUUACACCGAGGUUCUACUGCUUAACUGUUUCAUACUCCAUUUUAAAAGAAGCUGAAAACAAAUAGUUUUGCAUGUUGCCUGUUAACACUGUCCUGAUGACCUGCUUGUGCAGAGGAUUUCUCAGUUUUUAUUGACCUUUGAACACAUCCUUGUGCCGAUGAGACAUUAUGUGUGAGGCGUGCUUUUAUAAACAUCAACUUAGCAAUGUUUAGGUUCACCCACUGUAAUACCAGUAGAUGUAGAGAACCCGUUACUAGAAUAAUGGCAGAACAGCUCAUGAGUAAGUGCAUAUUUCCUUUGUGUUUGUCCAUGUGAGUCCUGACAUGAGCUGAUGUAUUAGAGGAUCACAAAGACAGUCAACACCAGUGAAUGUGGUUACGAAAUGAUAAUGAUAAUAUUACUAAUAAUAGUAAUAAGAAGAGGCUUAGAAUAUGUGCAAAUACAUAGAAAGCUAUGUAAUUUUGAACAUACCUGUUAUGGGGUCUGAAGAAUGUCUGUAAAGUGAUUCCAUAUUGACUGGAUGGAAAUGAAAUGGGAUUUUUUUUUUUUUUUCAUUUUUAUUUUAAUUUUUUUCCAGAAAGGGCACACCUUAUUUUGCAAAUUAAUGAAAGUUUUAAGUCUUUUAAAUUUUGUUUCAAGUGUAUUUGGUUUGUAUGGUUGUACAUUUCCCCUUAAUUUUUAAUGUAACCAAUUGGUCUAAUUUGAUUUGGGGACAAGAACUGUCAAUGUAGCACCAGACACAGCUGUGUAUUGUCGACGCUUUGAUGCCAAUGGAUGUUUCCCGCAUCAUUGAUAAGGAAUUAGUCCUUGCCUUUAGGAAGUACUGGAUGCAUAUUGUUUAUCUGUCAUGUUUACAUCGCUCUAAAGACAUCUCUAGAGCUCUACAGAUGUCUGCUGUUUUCUAAUCGAUGAUAACGGUCACUCGCAUGUGAAUCUGCUCUGGAACAAAUGACCGUGGAAGAUCAGGCUUGGUUUCCCAAAAAUGCAAGAUGCUCAUUUGAAAAUCCUUUUGUAUUUAAAAUAACUUAAACCAUGAUAAGCUCUUAUAUCUGGUAAUAUGACUGCAGUUCUUUGUAUUUGUACACUUAACACUAUUGCUCAUAUUCUGUAGUUUUGGAUUGCUGGCUUAACAGUUUGAUCAUGACCCUGAAAGUAGAGGAGCGCUUGAAGAACAAAUGACAUGGUUCAGUUCAGAAUAUUCUGAAAUCUUUAACUCUUAACCUACCAACACACUAACAUAUUUAACAUACGCUCUGGGGACCCUAGCAGCAAACUACUGUAAGACACCACCAUCAUAGCAAAAUGGUAACUACUUUCUCCUCAUCACAUUAUUACUUAUGUGAUAACUGUCAUCUAAAAAAAUGAUUUUUAUUGUUUUAGGGUAGUUACAAUUAGCUUUGAACAUCAUUUUACCUUAGGAAGAGCAGUAUUUAGGGUCGUCGAUAGAGUGUAUGAGGAAAUCUGUGUGUGUCUCCUUCACAAUGACUGAUGUAGUGUGUGAUACGUUGAAUUAGGACCUAGUCUUUUAAAACUGCACAGGUGGAAUUGGGUGCUUUUGGAUGCUGUCAGGACCCCAUUGAUAUUUUUAAGUAGCACUAAUUAAAACCAAAAACAAUGCUAUGAAGUCAUUAGGAACAAUUCGAUUGAUGUGACUGCGGGAUUGACAAGAAGUACAGCCCUGGGGUCAGCAGGUACCCCAAGGAUAAAACACACACAGUUAUACAUUGUUUAAUGAGGCUCUGAGUGGGUAGAUUGACUGUGAGACUGGAUGAGACAUGAAUCAGGGCUCAGUCGGAGUGAUAGUGUUCAGUGUUAAGUCAUUCUCAGUCAUGGAAACAUUCAGGAUAUUCUGCUGACACACGAUCGAGGGAUUUGAGAUCAGGACAAGAAAUUACUUCUGAAAUAUUGUGCGCAUCUACUAUAAAGAAACAUGUGGGUUAUCUUUGUGGAUAUGUUGCAGUGUUUUGGGGAAACAUUGCAUUAAUCUUUCAUGACUGAUGCUCUGCUGAUUUUUGUUAGCAUGUUUACAACCAGGAUGUUUUACAUUUUUAUGAAAAUCCAUACAGAAACAGCAGAAGCAAACAUCAUUGAGACAGUGCAUAUUGUGUGACUCCAAAUGACUGCAUCUGGUAGAGCUUUUUGUUUGGAGAGGUAUGUAGGCAUGGACAAAAAAAGGAACACAUGUUUUUGCUCUGGUCAAGUGAAUUAAUUCAUAACAACGUACAUGGUGAGUAAACAAAACUGAAAGCUACUUGGAAAGAGAACAAAAUGCUAAUUCUGCCUGUUAACCUGUAAAAGGGCAUCUCCUUUCUCUUGUCACUGAUAUACCUGAUACAGCCUCAAUAUUUCUACAGCAUUUACAGUUACAAAAGUAAACAGACAAAAAUAAAUACAUUUGCAAAUAA